CUUCAUAACUCACGGUUUUAAGAUGGAAAGGUUUGAUACAACGACCAGCACUCUGUGGAAUGAUGCCUAUUUUGUUUCGAGGCUUUUCUAAUGUCUCGAGGCAUGUCAAUCAGUCGACGAAAUGGUGCCGCGCAAUAAAUGGUGCAAGGUUCAUGAGCAAGCGCAAAGCCAAGGCUCCUAAACCCUUUGAAUUAAUAUACCCUGAUGCUCCCACAAAGGAGCACUCCGAUCUCGCAUCCUUUUUAUCAUAUGUGGAACGUGUCAGCUUAAACAAAAGAUCUACGGUCUACAGAGGCACCCAUUACGAAUACACAGUCGCCGAUACACUAUCCCGGUAUGGCUUCGUCCUCAAACGCGUUGGGGGGCAGUCAGACCGUGGCAUGGAUCUUCUAGGAAUAUGGACGCUCCCCUCAACGACACAGACAUGUAAAGUGAUUCUUCAAUGCAAAGCGGGUGCUCGGAGUGCAAGCCCAAUGUACAUUCGGGAGCUCAAGGGCGCUAUGGCAGCAGCACCUCCGGGAUGGCGAGGCAAUGAUGUCCUGGGCCUCCUGGUGGGUGAGAAACCAGCUACGAAGGGUGUGCAGGGCGAGAUGCACUCUGCGGAUGUGGCGCUGGGUUAUGUGUGUUGUUCGAAGGAGGGAGAUGUCUUGCAACUGUUAUGGAAUAUCAAGGCUCAAGAGAUGGGUCUAGAUGGAGUUACAGUUGGCUUGAAGUAUGGAGAGGAUAAGAACAAGCUUGUGUUGAUGAGGAGAGGUGAAAUGUUACCUCUACUGGAGAAGGUAAAGACUGAGGAGGAAGACGUGGUGGUUGACGUGUCUGCCAUUGAGAUCGAGGGGUCACAGGGUUAGACGUGGAAUACAAUCAUGUAUUUUAUGUAUUCUAUGUAAUAUAUGGCACAUUUCGUUUAUAUGGUGGGUCAAAUGUUAAGCAAAGGGCAGUUAAUACUAUGUUAUCUCCCACAAGCAAUUAUGUUUAUACCGUCACAACUUCACGUUAAGACUGGGAACGCAAUAUAUAACAGAGUUAGCACG